UUGUGCCCUUUAAACAUGGCUGCUACUUCCGGUCGGGUUUAUCCGCGGUGCAGUCAGCCAGGUGAAGGCAGGAUGCGCUGCUUUCCGCUCGCCGUGUUACUGUUGCUGGCCUGCGCGCUUUACCCCGCCGGCGGCCAAAUCAACGGAGUCAGGAAAACCAAAAUGCAGUUCGCGGCUGGUCCACUUCUCAAAUUUCAAAUCUGUAUCUCCUGAGGCUACAAGCGGGUGUUUGAGGAGUACACGCAGGCCUUGUCCCAGCGGUACCCAGACAUCCGCAUCGAAGGGGAGAACUAUCUUCCUCUACCGAUUUACAGGCACAUCGCUUCCUUUCUGUCCAUUUUUAAACUGUUCCUGAUCGGGCUCAUCGUCGUAGGCAAGGACCCGUUCAUGCUGUUCGGCAUGGAGACCCCACGACUUUGGACUUGGAGCCAAGAGAAUAAGAUCUACGCCUGCAUGAUGGUGUUCUUCUUCAGCAACAUGCUGGAGAAUCAGUGCAUGUCGACAGGGGCUUUCGAAAUCACGCUUAACGAUGUUCCUGUGUGGUCCAAGCUGGAGUCGGGACACCUUCCUUCCAUGCAGCAGCUGGUGCAAAUCCUGGAGAAUGAGAUGAAGAUGAACGUGCCUAUGGACAGACUUCCACAAUAUCACUCUUAACCCAGUGCUCCGGUUCCUUCCAAGUUGACGGCGCGACUCUCCCGCGGUCGUGAGGCGACGCUUUAUGAAGGUCUGAACUGAAAGUAGUCCUGCUACCGGUGCAGACUGGAUGCCACGCCCACCGCUCGCCACCACGCCCACCCGGAGAGACUUCGCCCUCUUCCCCAAACACACACAUUACCCCCUUUCUUGGCCGUUUGUUACUACUGAAUCCCACGUGCAGUGCAAUAACGGUUCACUUCAGGAUUUAUUCAGGAGCAGUACGAUUUAAGAGCGAGAUUUAUGUUAGUCCCCUUUUUCAAAACCUUUACAUUGUUUCAUAGAUUUAUGGUUAAUAAAAGAAACUUUUUAGCCCCAAA